AUGGGGAGAGUUCAUCAACCAUUGCUACUAGUCACCUUUUUUAUAGCUUUCUUAAGCAUUACAAGCAUAACCGAAGGCCGGUCGACACCAUUCAAGAAGUCCGAUGAAUCAAGUGGGUUAACCGACGAGAAAUUUCUCCUUCAUUUGAUUCACCAUGGGCUCAUACCCGGUUUGUUACCAUUUGGCGGGCUUGGACCACUUGGUGGGCUUGGACCACUUGGCGGGCUUGGACCAUUUGGUGGGCUUGGACCACUUGGUGGGCUUGGACUCCCCCUAGGGGGUUUACCACUUGGUUGGUUGGGUGGGCUUCCGCUUCCACUUCCAUUUCCUUUUCCUUUUCCUUUUCGUGGCUUCCCUCCAGGCGGUCGUGGUCCCUUUCCAUGGCGUCGUGGCUUUCCGGGAGGUUCUAGUGGCUUCCCGGGCGGUGCAGGUGGCCUUGGAGGUGAACCUGAGACGGAGAAAAAACGAGUUUGA